AUGAACCAUGUCACAACCAAUGAAGAAUCCAUAGAUUGCGUUCGCAAUCAGCUUGAGCUGUUCAAAGAGUUUUACGUUCCCAGGAAAACAUACUCAGUACACUUCCUUAAAUCGAAAAUUUGCAUCGCAGGCCCUCAAGGAUUUGAGGUUAUCUCACUAAAGACCCUCGAAACACAGAUGCUUCUUGACAAAACAGAUACCUCCCUCGAGUUCGCUCUUAUGAAAAGUCUCAGGCCUAUUCAUAUACAGCGAAUAGGCGAAGAAUUCCUGCUUAAUUACUCUGAAUUUUCAUUUUUUGUUAACCGUAAUGGUAAACGAACUCGACACCAGCUGCGAUUUGACUGGGCAGGGUCACCUCAAAGCUUUGUUCUCCGCUUUCCCUGGAUUUUUGCAUUCGAGCCGAAGUUCAUUGAGCUGCGAAACAUUGAAACUGGGGCAACUCAGAUAGUGCCGCACAAGAAUAUUCGCAUGCUUUAUAGCAAUUUUCACGAGGUAUGA